GGGAAGGGAGGCUGGGUGAGUGACGGCCCAGCCUACUUUUUAAUAGCUUUGUCAUGUGACUGGAGACUGUAGUAAGACAGGUGCCUUUAGUUCACUCUCAGUAAGCUGGUUGCCUGCAUGAGUGUGCUCUCUGUGUCACUGUGGAGGAGUUGAAAAAGCUUGACUGGCGUCAUUCAAGAGCUGGAUGGCGUGGGACAUGUGCAGCCAGGACUCUGUAUGGAGUGAUAUCGAGUGUGCUGCUCUGGUUGGUGAAGACCAGCCUCUUUGCCCAGAUCUUCCUGAACUUGAUCUUUCUGAACUAGAUGUGAACGACUUGGACACAGAUAGCUUUCUGGGUGGACUCAAGUGGUGCAGUGACCAAUCAGAAAUCAUAUCCAACCAGUACAACAAUGAGCCUUCAAACAUAUUUGAGAAGAUAGAUGAAGAAAAUGAAGCAAACUUGCUAGCAGUCCUCACAGAGACACUGGACAGUCUCCCUGUGGACGAAGAUGGAUUGCCCUCAUUUGACGCACUGACAGAUGGAGACGUGACCACUGACAACGAGGCCAGUCCUUCCUCCAUGCCUGAGGGCACCCCUCCGCCUCAGGAGGCAGAAGAGCCCUCUCUACUUAAGAAGCUCUUACUGGCACCGGCAAACACUCAGCUGAGUUAUAAUGAAUGCAGUGGUCUCAGUACCCAGCACCAUGCAAACCACAAUCACAGGAUCAGAACAAACCCUGCAGUUGUUAAGACCGAGAAUUCAUGGAGCAAUAAAGCGAAGAGCAUUUGUCAACAGCAAAAGCCACAAAGACGUCCCUGUUCAGAGCUUCUCAAGUAUCUGACCACAAAUGAUGACCCUCCUCACACCAAACCCACAGAAACCAGGAAUAGCAGCAGAGACAAAUGCACCUCCAAAAAGAAGUCCCACACACAAUCACAGUCGCAACAUGUACAAGCCAAACCAACAACUUUAUCUCUUCCUCUGACCCCAGAGUCACCAAAUGACCCCAAGGGUUCCCCAUUUGAGAACAAGACUAUUGAACGAACCUUAAGUGUGGAACUCUCUGGAACUGCAGGCCUAACUCCACCUACAACUCCUCCUCAUAAAGCCAACCAGGAUAACCCUUUCAGGGCUUCUCCAAAGCUGAAGUCCUCCUGCAAGACUGUGGUGCCACCGCCAUCAAAGAAGCCCCGGCACAGUGAGUCUUCUGGUGUCCCAGUUAAUAACUCCACCAAGAAGGGGCCCGAGCAAUCCGAGCUGUAUGCACAACUCAGCAAGUCCUCGGUGCUCGGAAGUGGACAAGAGGAGAGAAAGACUAAGCGGCCCAGCCUACGGCUGUUUGGUGACCAUGACUAUUGUCAGUCCAUUAAUUCCAAAACGGAAAUAAUUAUUAAUAUUUCACAAGAGCUCCAAGACUCUAGACAACUAGACUAUAAAGAUGCCUCUUCUGCCUGGCAGGGGCAGAUUUGUUCUUCCACAGAUUCAGACCAGUGCUACCUGAGAGAGACUUUGGAGGCCAACAAGCAGCCUUCUCCUUGCAGCACCAGAAAACAGCUCCAGGACCAGGAAAUCCGAGCCGAGCUGAACAAGCACUUCGGUCAUCCCAGUCAAGCUGUUUUUGAUGAUGAAUCAGACAAGACCAGUGAAUUGAGGGACAGUGAUUUCAGUAAUGAACAAUUCUCCAAACUACCUAUGUUUAUAAAUUCAGGACUAGCCAUGAAUGGCCUGUUUGAUGACAGCGAAGAUGAAAGUGAUAAACUGAGCUACCCUUGGGAUGGCACGCAAUCCUACUCAUUGUUUGAUGUGUCGCCUUCCUGCUCUUCCUUUAACUCUCCGUGUAGAGAUUCUGUGUCGUCAUCCAAAUCCUUAUUUUCUCAAAGACCCCAAAGGAUGCGCUCUCGUUCAAGGUCCUUUUCUCGGCACAGGUCGUGUUCCCGAUCGCCAUAUUCCAGAUCAAGGUCAAGGUCCCCAGGCAGUAGAUCUUCUUCAAGAUCCUGCUACUACUAUGAAUCAAGCUUCUACAGACAUCGCAUGCACCGAAACUCGCCUUUGUAUGUGAGAUCACGUUCAAGAUCGCCCUACAGCCGUAGGCCCAGGUAUGACAGCUACGAGGCGUAUCAGCACGAAAGGCUGAAGAGGGAAGAAUACCGGAAAGAAUAUGAGAAGCGGGAAUCAGAAAGGGCCAAACAGAGGGAGAGACAGAGGCAGAAAGCAAUUGAAGAGCGCCGUGUGAUUUACGUUGGUAAAAUCAGACCUGACACAACACGGACAGAACUGAGGGACCGCUUUGAAGUUUUUGGUGAAAUUGAGGAGUGCACAGUAAAUCUGCGGGAUGAUGGAGACAGCUAUGGUUUCAUCACCUACCGUUACACCUGUGAUGCUUUCGCUGCUCUUGAAAAUGGAUAUACUUUGCGCAGGUCAAACGAAACCGACUUCGAGCUGUACUUUUGUGGACGCAAGCAAUUUUUCAAGUCUAACUAUGCAGACCUAGAUUCAAACUCAGAUGACUUUGACCCUGCUUCCACCAAGAGCAAGUAUGACUCUCUGGAUUUUGAUAGUUUACUGAAAGAAGCUCAGAGAAGCUUGCGCAGGUAACAUGUUUCCUGGAUAAGGAUGGCAGAGAGAUGGUGAAUACCUCACGGACAGCGUGUCCUUCCUGGACAGACUAUUGCAAGUCAUACUUAGGAAGUUCUCUGACUUUACAAUCUCUGUACAAAAACAAAACAACAACAAUACAGCGAUACAACAACAAACAACAACAACAACAACAAUGGUUUACAUGAACACAGCUGCUGAAGAGGCAAGAGACAGAGUGAUAUCCAGUAAGCACAUGCUCAUUCAUGGGUGUCGGCUUUGCUUUCCCUGGAGUCUCUUGGUGACAGUGUGUGUGUGUGUGUGUGUGUGUGUGUGUGUGUAUGUGUGUGUGAGGACUGGGGCCACCUGACCAGAGCGUGCAAGGGCAAACCGCUUCAAAUGGCAGCAGUUCCACGAAGACACACUUACAACCUAGAACUUCAAAAUGCUCAGAUUCUAUUCAAAAGGAAAAAACAUAUAUGUAUACAAAUUGAAAAGGAAAGAAAACCUACUCACCAACCACACACCACCCUAAAAUGACACCUGCUGAUGUCUGGGCAUCAGCCUCCUACUUUUUAAGAAAGUGCAAAAUCAACUUGAAGCAAACUUUCUCUCUAACGUUAAUGAUUAUCUGACAGCCCUGAAGAAACCACAGGUUCCAUAGAAGCUCCCUCUAUCUCUGUCUUGUCUCUGUCUUUCUCUUUCCUUCUCUGUCUCUGUCUCUCUGUCUCUGUCUCUGUCCCUCUCUGUCUCUGUUUCCCUCUCUCUCUCUCUCUCUCUCUCUCUCUCUCUCUCUCUCUCUCUCUUUCUUUUCUUUUUUGCCAUGGAAUCUGGGUGGGAGAGGAUACUGCGAGCACCAAAAUGCUAAACUUCCCUAACAUUUUGAAGAUUCUGUAGUUCAUCCUUUGUCCUGACACCCAUGUAAAUGUCCAAAAUGUUGACUUUCCACUGCAAAUUUUAACAGCCUUGUCAAUGGUCAAGCGUGCAGCUUGCUGGACAAUUCUUUCUGAGGAGCGGACGCGGUGUUACAUUGCUAAUGAGAGUUGAGUAGAACUCUCCGGAUGUGUUCGGAUAGUGUAAUUGCUACAUUCUCUGAUGUAGUUGAGUAUUUACAGAUGUUAAAUGGAGUAUUUUUAUUUUAUGUACAUAUGAUACAACAAUGUUCUUUUUUGUUACAGCUAUGCACUGUAAAUGCAGCCUUCUUUUCAAAACUGCUAAAUUUUUCUUAAUCAAGAAUACUCAAAUGUAAUUAUGAGGUGAAACAAUUAUUGUACACUAACAUAUUUAGAAGCUGAACUUACUGCUUAUAUAUAUUUGAUUGUAAAAAAACAAAACAAAACAAAACAAAAGACCGUGUGUGUAUCCGUUGAGUGCAACUACAACAAAAUGAUGCUUUACGCACAUCCAUUCUUCUUAGGUGAGCUUCGAUCUAAGCAUCUUGUCCGAAAAUAUCCUGGUCCCCUAAAGGUAUUAACCACUUCUGCGAUAUUUUUCCACAUUUUCUUGUUGCUUGUUUUUCUUUGAAGUUUUAUACACUGGAUUUGUUAGGGGAAUGAAAUUUUCUCAUCUAAAAUUUUUCUAGAAGAUAUCAUGAUUUUAUGUAAAGUCUCUCAAUGGGUAACCAUUAAGAAAUGUUUUUAUUUUCUCUAUCAACAGUAGUUUUGAAACUAGAGGUCAAAAAAUCUUUUUAAAAUGCUGUUUUGUUUUAAUUUUUGUGAUUUUAAUUUGAUACAAAGUGCUGAGGUAAUAAUUACAGUAUGAUUUUUACAAUAAUUAAUGUGUGUCUGAAGACUAUCUUUGAAGCCAGUAUCUCCUUCCCUUGGCAGAGUAUGAUGAUGGUAUUUAUCUGUAUUUUUUACAGUUAUGCAUCCUGUAUAAAUACUGAUAUUUCAUUCCUUUGUUUACUAAAGAGACAUAUUUAUCAGUUGCAGAUAGCCUAUUUAUUAUAAAUUAUGAGAUGAUGAAAAUAAUAAAGCCAGUGGAGAUUUUCUACCUAGGAUGCAUGGCGACUGUCAGGUUGGAGUGUAAGUUCUUCCUUUGGGAAACUCAGCUUUCGCAGAAGCAGUGUCCCUAUUGCACUAGCAUGGCCUCUGAUGUGACCAUGACGUUGUUCUUGAUGACAUUGCUUCUCCUAAAUUCAAUAAAAAAAUAAAAAAUAAAAAAUAAAAAACUUCAGAAAAAAAAAAAAAAAAAAACUCCAUUUUGAGCAUCAGGAUUUCAUCUGAAUGUGGAGUCCCGGGAAUGGAUUCACUAAAGUUCCAAGUGCGUAUUCAAGUUACUCAAUCGAGAUUCGAUUCCCGUUUGGCUUACAUGACUUUUCCGGAAGACGUGAUAUACUUACUACUUAAUUGUUCUUUUCCUUUCUCUCACCUAACAUGAUCUUGUCAAAUCGGCUUCAGCCCACCCCCACCCCAGGCCAAUGCAGCUAAUUUUGAGAGCUGCAUUCAUGUAUCACCAGCAUAUUGUGUUCUGAGUGAAUCCACUGUCUGUCCUGUCGGAUGCUUGCUUGAGUUUUUGGCUUCUUAUUUCUAAGUAGAUAGAAAGCAAUAAAAAUACUAUGAAAUAAAAGAACUUGUUCACAGGUUCUGCGUUACAACAGUAACACAUCUUUAAUCCGCCUAAUUCUUGUUGUUCUGUAGGUUAAAUGCAGGUAUUUUAACUCUUUGUGAACGCCAAACUAAAGUUUACAGUCUUUCUUUCUGAAUUUUGAGUAUCUUCUGUUGUAGAAUAAUAAAGACUAUUAAGAGCAAUAAAUUAUUUUUAAGAAAUCAAUAUUUAUUAAAUCCUAUUAUGUGUUCAAGGAUCAGAUGCAUUCUCUAUUUUGCCUUUAAAUUUUUGUGAUCCAAUUUUAAAUACAUUCUCCUUUUAGCCCUGGAUUGUUAACAGUGAAAUACUUGGUUUCUUUUCUUACUUCUCAAAAGACAACACUACAGACUCCAUGUUUCAGAUUAAUUUAUCUCCCUGUGACCUAACAAAUACUGUUAUCAUGAAGAUAGGUUUCCACCAUGAACUUCAAAUCGCAUCUAAAGUUAGUGACGCUUUUUGUAUCUUAUGCAGACACUGUGGGUAGCCCAUCAAAAUGUAAGCUGUGUUCCUGUUUUUCCUUUUUUUAAAAAUUUUUUUUGGGAGUGAAUAUUUCAAAUGAGCACAUGCACCCCAUCAUCAUUGGAGGCAAAUUUCAGCAUAGAUCUGUAGGAUUUUUUAGAUGACCAUGGGCCAUUGCCUUCACGCUGUGGUAAGUACCACAUCUACAAUCUUGGUAAUCGAAUUGGUGCUUUAGAAAUGUGGGUUUUUUAAAAAGAGAUGUAGCAGAAUAACUCUUCCAAUACAACAAAAUCAAUUAUUGCUAAAUGACUCUGAGAACAACUGUUGGGCUGUCAACAUUCAAAGUAGCAGAGAGGGAACUUUGCACUAUUGGGGUAUGAUGUUUGGGUCAGUUGAAAAAAGGAAACCUUUUCAUGCCUUUAGAUGUGAGCUUACAGUAGGUAAUGAUUAUGUGUCCUUUUUUGAUGGCUGUAACGAGAACUUCAAUCACUGUAGUCUAAGACCUGAUCUAUAGAUGACCUAGAAUAGCCAUGUAAUAUAAUGUGAUGAUUCUAAAUUUGUACCUAUGUGACAGACAUUUUCAAUAAUGUGAACUGCUGAUUUGAUGGAGCUACUUUACGAUUUGUAGGUGAAAGUGUAAUACUGUUGGUUGAACUAUGCUGAAGAGGGAAAGUGAGAGAUUAGUUGAGCCCUUGCUGGGCUUUUUUUCCACCUGCCAAUUCUACAUGUAUUGUUGUGGUUUUAUUCAUUGUAUGAAAAUUCCUGUGAUUUUUUUUAAAUGUGCAGUACACAUCAGCCUCACUGAGCUAAUAAAGGGAAACGAAUGUUUCAAAUCUA